AUGAGCGCUCCAGCGCAAAGCGGCCCCAAAUGGCGCAAUAAUCCCUUCCACAAGACUUCUGCAUCCACACCACCAGGGCCGCUCCCCAUCCGAAGCAGACCGCAGUCCACGGUCCUCUCGUCCCCGCUGUCUCCUUCCCAAACCAUCGGCCAUGCUCGCAACCAGUCGUUCUCUCCAUUGGGCAAUGUGGGAUUACCCGCAAGAAACAACUCGGUCCGCACUCGAUCAAAUUCUCAGCGGGCCAGCACACCCGCAACCGGCACUUUCGAGCCAAAAUUUAUCAAGUCGGAAGAGAUGGAGAAUGGACCGGAGCGCGUGAGAGGGAUAGAAGGGGAGAAUGACUUCUCAGGCAAGAGAUAUGUAUGGCUGAAAGACGCGAAUUUAGCCUUCGUUCGUGGUUGGGUGGUUGAAGAGUUGGAGGACGAGAAGCUACUUGUGCAAUGCGACGACGGCAGUCAACGCCAAGUGGAUGCUGAGAGCGUGGACAAGGUCAACCCAGCGAAAUUCGAUAAGGCGAAUGACAUGGCCGAAUUGACGCACCUCAACGAAGCGUCCGUCGUGCACAAUCUCCACAUGAGGUAUCAAGCCGAUCUGAUCUACACCUACUCGGGAUUGUUCCUGGUGACGGUCAACCCAUAUUGCCCUCUACCGAUUUACAGCCGAGACUAUGUCAGUAUGUACAGGGGCCGAAAUCGAGAGGACACAAAACCGCAUAUUUUCGCAAUGGCAGAUGAGGCUUUCCGGAAUCUCGUAGAAGAGGGACAGAACCAGAGCAUUCUAGUCACCGGAGAAUCCGGUGCUGGAAAGACAGAGAACACGAAGAAGGUCAUCCAGUAUCUGGCAGCAGUUGCGACCUCUGACACACCAAGAGCGAAAUCGGGUGGCAGACAGUUUUCCAACCUUUCGGAGCAAAUCCUACGAGCAAAUCCGAUUCUCGAAGCCUUUGGAAAUGCGCAGACAGUGCGUAACAACAACUCUUCCCGAUUUGGAAAAUUUAUCCGCAUCGAGUUCACUCGAUCAGGUCAGAUUGCUGGAGCCUACAUCGACUGGUAUCUGCUAGAAAAGUCGAGGGUCGUUAGACUGAACUCUAGUGAACGGAACUACCAUGUUUUCUAUCAGCUGCUGCGCGGAGCCGACCAGAGAAUGAAGCACGAUUUCCUCCUUACCGGUCUCGACAUCGAUGACUUCGAUUACACUAGACACGGCAACGACACUAUUGCAGGCAUUUCUGACCGAGAAGAAUGGAACUCCUUGAUUGAGGCGUUUCAUGUCAUGAAUUUCUCCGAGAAGGAACAAACCUCAAUCUUCCGGACGAUAGCCGCUGUGCUCCACCUUGGAAACAUCAAUGUGUCAAAAGAGAGCUUACGAGGCGACCAAGCUGCACUGGAUGCUGAAGCAGUGGAACAUGCCGAAAAAGUCUGUCACCUUUUGGGUAUAUCCGUAGACCCCUUCAUCAAAGCCUUGCUGCAUCCGCGCGUGAAAGCAGGAAGAGAAUGGGUGGAGAAAGUACAGACGCCGGACCAAGUCCGUCUCUCAAUCGAUGCCCUAGCCAAAGGUAUCUACGAAAGAGGCUUCGGAGACCUUGUGACGCGUAUUAAUCGUCAACUCGACCGAUCCGGAACAGGUUCAGAUGACUCUCACUUUAUCGGAGUCCUCGAUAUUGCUGGCUUCGAAAUCUUUGAAGAGAACAGCUUUGAGCAACUGUGCAUCAACUACACAAACGAAAAGCUGCAGCAGUUCUUCAACCACCAUAUGUUUGUUCUCGAGCAAGAGGAGUAUGCUAGGGAGCAAAUCGAAUGGAAGUUCAUCGACUUCGGACGAGACCUUCAGCCAACCAUUGACCUCAUCGAGCUGCCAAAUCCUAUCGGUAUCUUCUCUUGCUUAGACGAAGAUUCCGUCAUGCCCAAGGCAACCGACAAGAGCUUCACAGAAAAGCUUCACUCGCUCUGGGAUCGCAAGUCACCGAAGUACCGUCGGUCAUUGCUCAGUCAAGGCUUCAUGCUGACUCACUACGCGGCAGAGGUUGAGUAUUCGACUGAGGGCUGGCUAGAGAAAAACAAGGACCCGUUGAACGACAACGUCACUCGUCUGCUCGCAGUCUCCUCAGACAAGCACAUUGCGAGUCUUUUCGCCGAUUGCGCAGACCCAGAAGACGAAGCUGCUACGAACCGGAGCCGCGUAAAGAAAGGUCUCUUCAGAACGGUUGCUCAGCGACACAAGGAACAGCUCUCGACACUCAUGGCCCAACUCCACUCCACGCACCCUCACUUCGUCCGAUGCAUCCUUCCCAACCACAAGAAGCGACCUAAGCAAUUCAGCGCACCGCUAGUCCUUGACCAGCUCAGAUGUAAUGGUGUCCUCGAGGGCAUCCGCAUUGCCCGUACCGGCUUCCCGAACAGACUUCCCUUCUCCGAGUUCCGCUCGCGUUACGAGGUCAUAUGUCAUGACAUGCCCAAAGGCUACCUCGAGGGCCAGGUCGCCGCCAAGAUCAUCCUUGAAAAGCUGAAUAUGGAUCGCGCUUUCUACCGUGUCGGCCUCACCAAAGUCUUCUUCCGCGCCGGCGUCCUCGCAGAACUAGAAGAACAACGCGACCAGCUCAUUCGAGAUAUCAUGUGCCGGUUCCAAUCCGUGGCGCGCGGCGCUAUCCAGAGGCGCAUCGCUCAUAAGCGUCUGUACCGCGUCGAAGCAACCAGGAUCAUCCAGCGCAAUUUUCAAGUUUAUCUUGAUCUGCAGGCUAAUCCUUGGUGGAGGCUUUUUGUGCGGAUGAAGCCUCUGCUUGGAGCAACUAGGCAGGCUGCUGAGGUGAAGAAGCGGGAUGACAUGAUCCAGCAACUGAAUGAAAGGAUGCAGCUUGAAGCCGAGGACCGCCAGAACCUGGAUGAUGAACGUCGGCGCGCAGAACUCGAAAUCCAGCGCGUUCAACAAACACUGGAAAGCGAACGUGCCCUAGCUCUAGAUAAGGAGGAAAUUUUUAAGCGACUGCAAGACCGUGAGGCUGAGCUUACGGAGAAGCUCCAGGAGGCUAUCGAAGACCAAGAAAAACUCGAGGACCAACUCGAUACGCUCAUUAUCGCAAAGAAGAAGAUAGAAGAGCAGUCAGAGGUAUGGCGCGUUGAGCUUGAACAAGCGGGUCAGAUCGUCAACAAGCUGGGGGUUGAGAAGCAGGACCUCGUCGAGAAGAUGGACCAGCUUGAUGCUCAACUUAGUGAUCUGGAAGACGCCCAAUCACAGCGUAGUAAGGCAGAAGAGGGCUUACAACAAGAAGUCAGGAUGCUGAAGAGCCAGAUGGGGCUCAAGGAGCGGAAACUGCAGGAGCUGGAGCAGAGGGUUCUCAAGACUGAUCAGGACAUCGAUGUCAAGCUUGCAGCAUCGACAAAAGACCUGAAUGCCAGCAAGAAGCAGAUUAAAGAACUGCUGGACGAGAAUCGUCAGAUCCGGCAGCAAAUGUCCGAUCUCUCUUCCACUUCGACAAGCUACGAGGACCUUAUCAGGCGAAAAGAGAGCGAGCUGGCUAUCCUCAAGACGGACGUAAAGCGGCUUGAGACAGAUCGGCAGGCUUUGGACAGCGAAAAGCGGACCUUGACCUCGAAGCAGGAUAGCCUUCAAGCUCGUCUGCGAGAAGCCAAAGCGGAACUGGACGCAAUGAAGUCCCAACAUAUCCAGCUCGAGCGCGAAGCUGCCGACACCAAACGACUUCUUGAAGCCAGAAUCUCUGAGGAAGCGAUGCAGGGACGCAAGAUGCUUGAGAGCCAGAUUGCUGACCUCAAGGCUCGCUUGUUCGAGGUUCAGACAGACUUGAGCCGGGAGAGGCAGUCGCGAGACGAUGUUGAGAUGCUCGGUGAACAUAAGUAUGAGACUCUCAAGCGUGAGUUUGAGUCUCUCAAAGAGUCGAAGAUCACGAUCGAGAAAGAGAUGUACGUUCAGGAGGAUGUUCUGCGUCGGGCCACUGAGGCACGAGCCACCGCUGAAAAUGAGCGCAAAGAUUAUCAGAACGAGCUGCGCAGUCUACGAGAGAAAUUCCUUGAGUUGCAGGAAGCUAAGCUAGAGGCCGAGUCAACAGCUGAGCGCAAUCUUGCAAAGUUAGCUAACGAGCGGCAAGCGGUGCUUCGGAAAGAGAUCGCCGCUAAAGACCAGCAGCUCGAGCAGGUAGAAGCCGAGCGGGCUAGGCUCGAUGAUCAAGUUCAAGGCCUGACGCAGAUGAUUGCGGACUCCGACAAUUUCAGGUUGAGAGACGAUCAGCACAAAGAGCGUCUAGAACGUGAGCUUGUUACUGUCAAGGGGCGCCUAACAGCAUCUGAGAACGACAACCGCGCUCUGCUCAACAAGAUUCAACAGAAGAACCUCGAUAUUGCUCGGUCAAACUCGAGAGCUGGAGACACUCAGCGCUCACGCAUCGCCCAGCUUACGACGGAGAAGAGCAAGGCAGAGGAAGAGAACAAGAGGCUGUUCCGCCAGCUGGAGGAUGCACAAUUGACUAUCGGCUCUCUUGAGAAGCAGAAGGAGAAACUUGCGUUGAGCUUGGAAGACCUAAAUCAUGAGAUUACUCGGGAGCACAAGACCACUCGCAACGCAGAAAUGGCCCAGUCAAACGUUAACCUUCAGCUCGCCGAGGCGAACCGUAAGCUUGAAACCGAGCGGCAACUACGAACACAAGCACAAGGGAAUACUCGUACUAUACAGACUACCCUUGAUACAGCUAACAGUGAACUCGCCGAGUGUCGCAACCAGCUCAUGCUCUUGCGAAGAGUGUUUGAUCCAGAGGCCGCAGACGUGGCAGCAACCUACGAAGCAGCCAAGCCGGACAUCUUCAAAGCAGUUGAUCUCGCCCAGAAGCUUGAUGCUGCCCAUCAGGCUCUCCGCAUCGCCACUGAGCGGCAGACUAGAGCAGAGGCUCAGGUAGACGAGCUGCGCAACCGAUACGAAGACGACUUAACAGAGCUCGACGCUCGCCACACGAACUCCAAGCGCGCUCUUCUCGAAGAAAUGAACCAAAGCCAGAUCAAUGCAGCCAGCUUCAGGCCGUCUCCAAUGCAUUUCCGCAAGGAUUCUGAGAACCGCAGACCCUUUUCACCUGCGGGAACUCCUAUCAAUCAGCGCCACAUCAGCGACGUAUCGCAUGGCUCCGCUCGUUCAGACCGCACUGUUGACACGGUAGCCUUCAGCAAUCACCUCGAUCUCCAGGCUGAGCUUGAGCUUGUCCAGAACCAGCUCCAGAUGUCCGAGAUGCGCAACCGGCACCUCCAGACGCAGCUCGACCGCUCGCCAACCAAGCGAGACUGGCAGGACGAGAGUCCCUCUGUGCGAAGGAUGCAGAAGCUCGAGCGGGAGAACUUCCGCUUGCACGACAAGCUCGACGACUCUGCAAAGAAGGUUUCCGCGCUGGAGAGCAGCCUACGAAGUGGACAGCUAACGACGAAGGAGUUGAUGACCAAGUCACACGAAGAGAUCUAUGACCUGCUCAACUCACAAGAGCAGGCGCGGAAGUCUUUGGUGAACUCCUACAACACAGCCAUCAGCGACCUCGCAGACACUAAGACCGCCCUCGACUACGUCAAGCAGAGCAAAACUGAGCUCGAAGUCGAAGUCCGCGAUGCCAGAUCUGAGCUUGCGGAGCUGAGCUCCGAGCGCGAGCAAGAGACAGCUAACCACAGCCAGCUACUCCAAGAGUUUGCGGAUCUGCAGAUCCGACUUGACAGCGAACAGUCCAAGCUACUCGAUGUGACUUCCAGCCUCAACCUCUACAAGAGCCGAGCAGACGAAUACUUCAGCAAGCUCGAGCAAGCCGAGAUCGCAGUUCUUAAAGCCUCGCGCGCUGAACAGUUCGCCAAGACCCAGGCGCGAGAAGCAGAAGACACUUGCGCGACCAUCAUGGCGGAGCGCAAGACAAUGGACGGCAUGGUCGAGGACCUGCAGCGCCAAACGCAGCAGUACGAGGAGCGCAUCGAGGACCUCUCCGCUGACCUGGACGGCGCCCUGCAGGCGAAGAAGCGCCUCCAGAACGAGUUGGAAGACUGGCGGAGCCAGCGUGCCAUCGACAUCGAGGACAAGGAGUCGAGCAUGGAGCAGACGCGGAAGAAGUACCAGUCGGAGCUCUCGAGCUUGACGCAAGAGCUCGAUAUGGAGCGUGAGAAUGUCAUCUAUGUACGCGAGGAGAACGGCCGGCUGAGGGAAGAGAUCGAAGAGCUCCGCUCCAAGUGGGACGAUGAGGUGCUUAAUGCCACGACCUGGUCGAAGGAGAAGGGCAGGUUGGAGAUGACACUCCAGGACCUGUCCAAUUCCCGCGACGAAGCAGUAAAUGCGCACAAUGAAGCCCAGAGCAAGAUCGUCUCACUCCUGUCGCAGGUACGCAGCUUGCGCACCUCAGUCGACGAUAUUGCGGCCGAGCGAGACAUGCUGCACAAAGAGAAGAAAGGCCUCGAAGCCCGCCUUGUCGAAGCGGCAGAGCGUCUCGAAGAUCUCGCACGCGGCGAGAGCCCAGCGAUGCGCAAUGCUGCGACUAUGGACCGGGAGAUGCUCGAGCUAAAAGCCGGUCUAGCGCAGCAGGAGGACAUCGCUGCCGCCGCGGUUGGCAAGAUGCGCCGAGCUGAGGCGCUGACCCAGGAGAUCCAGAAGGACAUCGUUGCCGAGCGCGAGACGAACGUGCAGCUGCACAAAGAGAAAGCGGAGUUGGAAAAGAAGGUUAAGGACUUGCAACUCCGGCUCGUGGAUCUAGAGACGAAGGGUUAUUCGAAUGGGAGUCAAGACGUGCGAUUCUUACACGGCCGGAUACAAGAGCUCGAAAAAACCCUUGAAUCCCUUGAAUCGACAAAGUCCUCCGCCGCCCGCUCGACCCGCCACAUCGACCGCACGCUCAAAGACCUCCAAUCCCAAAUCGAGCGCCGCGACAAGCAAAACGCCACCAUCUCGGAAGACCUAACCAAAGCACGCGACAAGAUCUCGACCCUCCUCGCCACAAUCGACGAGCUGCAAUCCUCCGACUCCGCGAACCAGCUCGCCGCCAAGCGGGCAGAGCGUGAGCUGCGCCAGGAGCGCGAAAAGCGGCUCAACACCGAGCGCGAACUCGAGGGGUGGAAGGGGCUGAGGAUGGAGAGGAGAAGCGCGCUAGGGGUGCCGGGGCCGGGGAGUGAGGUCGGGGGUGGGAGUCGGAGGGCGAGUUCAAUUGGGCUGUUGGCGGGGGAGGGGGGAGAGGUGCCGACGGCUGCUGCGGGCGCCACGAGAGGGGGGCUGAGGAAGGUCAGCGCUACGAAGGGUUUUUUGUAG